AUGCAGAAUCAUAAAUCCGGUAAAGAAGGCUAUAUGGCAGUAAAGUUAGAUAUGAGCAAAGCUUAUGACCGAGUGGAGUGGUCCUUUCUAGAGGCUGUCAUGCGAAGAAUGGGUUUUACAGAAAGGUGGAUACAAUUGAUGAUGGUGGGAGUAACAUCGGUAUCUAACUCUAUUUUGGUGAAUGGGGAACCUAAAGGCCUGAUCAAACCAUCACGAGGAAUCAGACAAGGAGAUCCUCUCUCUCCUUUCUUAUUUUUGUUGUGUACCGAAGGGUUGCAUGGUCUUAUCUCCCAAGCAGCAAGACAAGGAGAUUUAACUGGUUAUUCCCUUUGCAGAAACGGCCCCAAACUAACCCAUUUGUUCUUUGCAGAUGAUAGCUUGUUGUUUUGCAGAUCCACUCCUCAGGAAUGUGAGAAAGUUUUGGAGAUCCUGGAUACUUACAGCAAAUGCUCGGGGCAACAUAUAAAUAAGAGUAAAACCACAAUCUUCUUUAGCAAGUCUACCACUUCGGAGAGGAAGCAACAUAUUAAGGAGGCCCUUGAUGUUCCUGAAAUUAGAAGUUAUGAGAAAUAUUUAGGGCUGCCAUCUCUAAUUGGUCGAAGGAAGAGAGCAAGUUUCGACUAUAUAAAGGAAAGAGUAUGGAGGAAAUUGCAAGGGUGGGAGGAGAAAUUGUUUUUACAAGCUGGGAGGGAAAUUCUCAUUAAAGCUGUCGUUCAAGCCAUUCCUACCUAUACGAUGAGUUGUUUUAAAUUACCGGUAGGGCUUUGCAAUGAGCUUGAAAGUCUUGUUAGAAAAUUCUGGUGGGGACAAAGGGGUGAUCGAAGAAAGAUACAUUGGGUGAAAUGGAGUACCAUGUGUAAACCAAAGGGGGAAGGAGGUAUGGGCUUUAAAGAUUUAGCUUUGUUUAAUUAUGCACUUUUGGCGAAACAAGCUUGGCAGCUGCUGCAUAAUGACCGGUCACUAUUUUACUGGGUUUUUAAAGCAAAAUUUUUUCCACAUUGUUCAAUCUUGGAAGCCUCAGACUCUGUCAAGGGGUCUUACGCUUGGCGAAGUAUUUUGCAUGGAAGAGAAGUGCUGAAGAAUGGAGCAAGAUGGCGAGUGGGUAAUGGAGAGGAUAUUAGCAUUUGGGGUACUGCCUGGCUUCCAUCCACCUCUGACCCAAAAGUUACUAACCCCAUGGGAAUUGAUUUCCCAGAAAUCAAAGUCAGCACUUUGAUCAAUUCACAUACACGAAGCUGGGAUGUGGAUUUACUGAAGGCUUUAUUUAGACCAGAGGAGGCGCAACUAAUCAGCAGCAUUCCACUUGGAAGUGCCUCAGCCAGAGAUAAGGUGAUUUGGCCUCAUACUCAAUCUGGGAUAUACACAGUAAAGUCAGGCUAUUACUUCCUUUCCCGAGACCAAGAUUUAUUGGAUGGUGGAACUUCUACUCCUACCCCUCCAAAGAAGCUUUGGAAAUUUAUUUGGAGCAUGUCAAUCCCAAGUAAGGUCCGGAAUUUCUUGUGGAGGGCAGCAAAGAAUGCUAUACCAGUCAAGACCAGCUUAGUUCAGAGGAAGGUAUUGACAGAGGAGACUUGUGAUCAAUGCAAAAUGCAACCCGAGAAUGUUUUACAUGCUCUGUGGUCGUGUUCUUGCCUUGAUGAGGUGUGGAUGUCCGAUCAAGUUUGGAGUUUCAGGGACACAAGGACUUUCUCAAAUUUCCAGCACCUCAUACUUCACGUUAUUGAAGCAAACAUGGACCUGGAAGUGUUUUCCAUGGUGGUGUGGUCCUUGUGGCAUAGACGGAAUCAAGUUAGAGUUGGUAAGGCUGUUCUUCCACUCGGGCAGACCUUAGCUCAGGUUCAGCAGCAAUUGCAGGACUAUUACCGAGCCCAACCAGUGAAAUCAACCCCACCACAGACUACUCCUCACUCAAAUACUCGGUGGACCCCUCCCUCUGGUGCCACAUUGAAAACAGUGGCAGAGGUGGAAGCAGCAGCAGCUCGACGGGCCAUUCUCCUUGCGAAGGAGCUGAAUCUUAGCUCCAUUACUCUAGAAGGUGAUUCGGAGAUCAUUAACCGUGCCUUUCAAGACGCAAAGCAGUCCUUUGCUACUUUUGGUAACCUUAUUGAGGAAAUAAAACUUCAUGCAGACUCUUUUCUUAAUUGUAAUUUUUCUUAUGUUAAGCGAAAAGGGAACUCUAUCGCUCACAGCUUUGCUAGACAUGCGAAACAUGUUAGCGGUUUAUUUGUUUGGAGGGAGGAAGUUCCCCCACCCAUUGUAUCUGUUCUUUUAGCCGAUUAUGGCUGA